AUGGAUAGACUAUUUCCCAAAGACACCAUCAAGAGUACAGCAGAGUCUGUGGGGAUCUCGAAUCUUAAGGAUAGUGUCGCGGCUACACUAGCACUUGAUGUGGAAUAUAGAAUCCACGAGAUUAUUCAGGUGGAAGCGAACAAAUUUAUGCGUCACUCAAAACGUACCAAGCUCACAGGCGAGGACAUAAAUAAUGCACUGCACGUGCGUAACGUGGACCCAUUAUACGGAUUUACCUUGAACGACAAUUCCAAGUUCCAACGGGUGACAUCAGGUCAGCACGACUUAUUUUACGUUGACGACGACGAAUACGAAUUUGAAAGCUUAAUCGACUCAGCAAUGCCGAAGUUGCCCGCGGAGGUCACUUUCACCGCCCAUUGGCUUGCCGUAGAAGGUGUUCAACCAGCAAUCCCUCAUAAUCCGUCGCCCGUGUCUACCGAAGAUAUCGUGCCAGAAGUUCGCAAUAGAAGGUCGUCGACGAAUGCCAUUGUCCAAGUGCCUAAUGGAGCAGUGACGGGCGCACCGGAAAUAGAGGUUAAGCCUUUGGUACAACACGUGUUAUCCAAAGAACUUCAG